CUUAAUGUUGAUCGCAAUUAAUUGUUGGAUCAGUUAGUCCGACGACGACAACAACAAUGAACCACAAGCUUAACAUAUCGUACUACUCGUUGCUGUUGCUCUGGCUUUGCUUCGUUUACGGCACCGGUAUCUGGCUUUUUACUACCGGUUUUCUAUUGACCCGACCGGCCAGUCAUCGGCAGAGCUCGUGUGGUGAUAAUCACAACGACGACUCCGGCCAAAUCAAGGGCCGCACUCCGGGCUGCAGUUUUCCGGACAGAUAUCGAAAAGCCAUUGUCUUAGUAACCGAUGGACUUGUCUAUGAUUUUGAUGGCCAUUUCGGCCAUAAUAGUGAUAAUGAGGUGACAAAUAGUGAUCAGAAAAUAAUAAACAAUUUGUUUAAUACAUAUGAAAAUCGUACAAAAGUUUAUAAACUCUUUGAUAGAUAUUUGUUAUCAAUGAGACAAACAUUGGAAACGAUAAUAACGGGUAGUUUACCAACUUUUAUCAAAUAUCAUAACAAUUAUAAACUUUUUGAUAUAAUUGAAGACAAUUUAAUUAAACAAAUGAAUAGUAAAUCGCGUAAAACUAUAUUAAUGGCCAAUAAGUCGCUGAAAGACUUAGUGCCAAAUGAUUUAUUUAGUCAAACAUUUUACUAUUCAGAGGUGACUGAUUUAGAGAGAAAACUUGUUGAAGAAGUCAAGUCAAGAGAUUUUGAUUUAUUGAUUAGCGAUUUGCCGACAUUUAGCCAUUUGAAAGAUGGACAACAACUCAUGAGUUCCAAUGAAUCAUUGGUUGCUAAUCGUUGGACUAAAUUAGCAAAAUUAUUCAAACAAUUGGUAUCACUCAUUGAAGACGACGACAAAACAAUUUUGUUUGUCAUCAGCGACAGGACAUCCGUAAAAGUGUCUUCAAAUGCCAAUCCAAUGCCAAACGAUUCUCCAUUUAUUUUUACCUUCAGUUCACAAAAGUUGUCACCAAUUGAAAGCGCAUCCAACUUCGUGAGCAAAAUAGAUUUGGUGCCCACACUGUCACUACUGUUGGGAAUUCCGAUACCGUUUUCAAAUGUCGGACGAGUGAUGAGCUCGUUGUUUGAAUAUCCUAUUGACUGCCAACACGUAAAGCCGACCAACGAGUUUGCCUGUCAUGAAGACAUACCCCAAAUCCAGUCUCUAUGGACCAGUAUAUCUGCGCUACGUAUAAAUGUGGCACAAAUUCAACGAUACGUUGCAUCGGUUGUGCCGAAUGUUAUCGACAAUAAACUGGAAGAACUACUCGAACGAUACGAUCGCAAUUGGGUUCUAUUGAAUCACAUUCCCAGCGACGACAAGUCGGCCACUAUUGACAAACUGAAAGAGUUGCGCAACAAUUAUAACAGUUAUAUCGUACAAUUGACUGACCAUUUGACCAACAAUUUGUCAGUUUAUGAUUUGCGUCUAAUGUUUAGCGGUCUGAUUGUCAUAUUGUUGUCGUGUGUCUUCAAUUUAGUUAUCAUUUAUUGGAUUCAAUCGCAUCAGCAUUUGAUGAACUAUUGUUCAAAACUAUGUAUCGGUAUAGUCAUGGGUGCCAUCACUGCUAAUCUGAUCCGAAUUCUUGACUUUCCAUUUCACGAAAAUAUUGUCAACGAUAUACUAUUUCUGAGUGCUGUCACCUCUAUUGUUGUACCGAUGGGUUCAUUAGUUUUAUCGAAAGUCAUAUUUUUAUUAUCACACAAUCGUUCCGUUUAUAAUAAUAAGAUAAUAACUAAUUUAUUUAUCAAACCAUUCAUAGAUAAGCCAUUGAUAAUAAUUAUGAUAGUAUUACCUAUUUUAUUUCCGAUCAAAGUCUGCGAAACUAAUUCAAUGAACAGUGAAUCGGGAAAUCAUUUGUUUCAAUCACUUUUACUAUUGAUAGUCACUAUCUAUCAGUUAUUAAUGAUAUUUCAAUCGCCAAAUAGCGGUUUAGGACUAAUGAUAAUAUCGAUGAUAGCAUUAAUUUAUUUGAUUUUGUUGCGCAAAACCGGUUCAGACAAUAGUUUUAUUACAAUAAUUAUCUGGUAUUUGAUAUCAACUUACGGUUUCUUUAUCACUGGUCAUCACAAGUCUGUCGAAAUGAUUCCCAAAGAUAUUAUAUUUACGACAAAAAACAUAAAUUUUUGGAUUCAUAUAAUACCAAUAAUUAUAAACAUAUAUUCAUCGCAACUAUUUUUGGCGAUAUGUUUGCCAUUGUUGGCCGUAAUUGUACCGCAAUUGCAUCGAACCACUAAUCGACUUCAGUAUACCUCAGAUGGACAACAAUUUUUCAAGACAUUUGCCAAUUGUUUAUUGAAAUAUAUGUUUUUAAUUGGAUUAACGUUAUUUGGUAUCUCUUUGUUGGCGGCAAUCGUGAGAAACGAUCCGAUGUCUUAUCAAUAA